AUGGCCCGAGGCCGAAGAGACCCCUCGCGAGCCCGCUGGCUCUUGCCCGCUGCUCUAACCCUUACCGCUGCCGUCGCUACAGCUGGAGUCUAUUUCUGGCGAGAAAUGGAAGAUCAUGAAGCUGCGACCGGCUUUCGCUCCGAAGACGAGGAGACCGCUGAUGAGAAGCGGAAAACGCGCGGGAUGACCGGCAGGAGCUUUGGCAAUAACUCUGCCUCUGCAACUGGACCGGGGAUCACAGGGCGAGUCAGCGAGAUAUGGAAGGAGUUCUUCCAGGGCAGCAGCGACGAAUCCGACGGAGGUCGUAAAAGUCGAGCCGGCCCGUCCAUGAGCGGUCCUCCUCGUCCCUCUUCGUCCGGAGCCUCGAGUAGCAGUCUCGGGAGGAACAGUCUGCCCCGAUCCGUCAUACCGGAUCCAGUAGCCAGCGUACCCAUCCUUGGAAACUCCCAAGAGAUAGACUGGGAAAAGAAGAGAAUCAUUGCCCUUGUUAUAUCUGGCAACGAAGAACUCGACGAGUCCCUCCUCCUCUCCCUCCCCACCCCUGUAGACAUCUCCCGCUGGAUCCUCUUAAUCUUCGUGUACGCUCCUCCACCACCUCCAUCCCCUUCACUCGUCAAUCUUUCCCCACGGCCAAUGCACCGUUCCCCUUCUCCGGCCUUGUCCAUGAAAUCAUAUACUUCCUCAAAAUCCUUUGCUAGAACCCAACCUUCCCCCCCUGAACACUCUCCCGAAACUUCCCCAUCUCUAGUCCCCAUCCUUCGUACUCCCCUAACCUCAGGCCGUACCUCGCGCGCCGGAGACGGCGUCUUCAUUGAUGAUGAUGACUUGGCAGAUCAUCUCACCUCCACUGCAUCGCUAACUUCCAGCCGACUACGCCUGAGCUCGUUCUCUAGGAAAUCCAGAUCCAAUAGCUAUAACCACGGAUACUCAUCAAUGUCCGAACUCGAUGCUCCAACGCCCUCGGCAUCAUCUACCUUUGCAAAGCGACUUAGUGGUUCAUUCCGCCGUGGUCGCCGAGGCGGUACAGACGAUUCCUCUGAUCUAUCCGAAGAAACAUCAGUAGAUAACUCCGUCACAAUGCCCGGAUUGAUCCUAAAAACCUUUGGAAGAGAUUUCCCUCAUCAACAGGUUAUGCAUUACUCUACUCCCAAGGGUGUGGUUCAUAUGCUCCGUCACCUUGGUGUCUCGAUCGUUUUCCUUUCCGAAUCGUGCGCUUCAAUCCCUUCUGCAGAAAAUAACACUACCUCUUCAUCAGAUGAAGCCCCAUCUAGCAUGCCCGGCUCUCUUGCCGUUUCUCCACCGCCAGGAACGGCCGCUUCCGUAGGCGGUGGUGAAAUUGUAGGACUGCUAAAAGACUGGGUUGGAGAAAUUGUGCUCGUCUUGGACGAAGAAGAAGAUGACAGCGCACCGGUCCUACCUAGUGCCGUUAGUGGCGGUGAGGAUGACUACGGUGAGAGAAGAAGAAGGAUGAAGGGGAAGGAUAAAUACGCAGGAGCCGUCAACGAAUCCACCGGACGAAAGAGACGUUGGUUGAAGGAUAAGAAUGUUGCUAGGAGUAUAACCAUCUGCGAUAGGCAGGGACUAAAGGGUAUCUGGAGGGCGAAGGUGGAGGGAGUUAGGCCGUAA